UGUGGAAAAAGAAAAAAAUACAAAGCAAAGAAUAUAUUCUGACUUUUCGUCGAACACUUGUGGCAAUCACAUUCUGAACACAACCUCGAUAGCCCUUUCCAGUUUUCUCAUCCACAGCCAAAACCCACGUUUUUAUUUAUUGCAAUAUUGGGCCUUCAUCUGGUUUAUCAUCCGUUUCAUCUUUUCGAAGCACUAGCCAUGUCCUUCAGAAUCAGAGGGCCAAAUGCAUCUUCUGGUAUGGAUGUUGCUGAUCACAGCAAAAACACGUUUUUGGAAUUGAAGAGGAAAAAAGCUCAUCGUUAUGUGAUUUUUAUGAUCGACGAAAAGAAAAACGAGGUUGUGGUUGAGAAGACAGGCGGCCCCGCCGAAAGCUAUGAUAACUUUUCCGAAUCAUUGCCGGAGAAUGAUUGCAGAUAUGCGGUUUAUGACUUUGAUUACGUGACUUCAGAUAAUUGUCAAAAGAGCAAGAUUUUCUUCAUUGCUUGGUCACCUGCAACAUCUCGAAUUCGGGCAAAGAUGCUUUACGCCACAUCUAAAAAUAGCUUCAAGAAGGUUCUGGACGGCAUUUAUCACGAGAUUCAGGCAACUGACCCGACUGAGAUGGAUCUUGAAGUGAUCAGAGACCGGGCCCACUGAAAAAGCUUUUGUGAACGAUCAGGCGUUGUAAUAAGCUCGGAAAAUUACUGCUUUUCUUUAUCUAACAUGUUUCGAUUAUGUGAUGUACUUAGAUUCGAAGUUCAACAUUACACUUAUUCGGUUCUCUAAAUUCAUAACUUUCAUGGCCCUAAUCGAUUUGUUCAUCUGCAUAUAUAGGGGGCGGUCGUGUUCGGUUUAAUUACCGAGCUUUGUAAUGUUUUCUUAUGGGUUUGGAUCAGUUGAAGCUCUCUUUACUGGGAAUUUCUUGAGAUAAAUAGUGAAAUAAAA